AUGUUUCGAGAUAGAAGGACCAGCAACAAUAGCGCCAGUGGAACUGGCAUUUCUACUCCGCGAAGAAUGUCAGUUUUACCUUCAGAAUCAGCACCUAUGCUCCGUCGAAGCACUCUUCAUCAAACCUCAAUACCCAGACAAGUAUUUGGAACUUCGAGUUCAUCCUUAUCUAGCCAAAAUCCAGCUGAAAAUGUCUCAGUUCAGCAUCCGAUUAAAACUGUUGCGAUCUCUCAGCAGGCUCAUCAGUCAUCCCAAUUGACUCCAGCUUCAGCGGAGUCAGCCUUUCGUAAAAUGUCAUUAUUCUUUAGUGUUGAUUCAUCACGAACUAGAGAGCUGAUUUCCAAGGCUCUAGAGGACCCUAGCAGAGCAGAUUACCAUAGAUUGGCAGAGAACAAUGAGCAGCUCUACGCAGAAUGGAAA